UUCAGGCAGUAGGUAAACCUCACAACACCCCCCUCAGAAGGCAGCAGUGGGUGCUGCUCUGCCACACGCACUGCAUCUUUUAUCUUUGGAAAAAGAGAUUUCCUUUGAAACCAAUUCCAGUCAUCUCUUAAUCUGGAAAGUCUCCCUUUCGUUCCCCUCUUUCUUUCUUUCUUUCUUUUGUUCCCCUCUUUCUUUCUUUCUUUCCUUCCUCUAGCUGAGGAGGUAUGGUUACCACAAGCAGGCCUAAAGGGUUUGGGGCUGUUUGGAUGUUCACUCACCCAUAACAGUCUGACCUAUCUGCCCAUACAUGUUCCUUCUGCUUUUGUUCAGAGUUAACUAGAUGAAGAACUAACCUUUCACCUGCCAAGCUGGACAAAUAAACAUCGGUCUAGCAGCAGAGUGAAGCUGAAACCUACCCUUUCAAUAAUCUGAUUUUGAAAUCCCUUAUCACAGCUCUGCAGUUGACCCUGACAGUUUUGAAAGUCCUGUGGCACUUUCACUCAGAGCGUGAGUCUUUUCACACUUGAGAAGAAAUUUUCAUCUUAGUCAUGCAGGAAGUACAUAACUAGAAAUGUUUAGAAAACCAAAAAGUGUUACAAAGCCAUCCUGAAGACUGACAGCUCCCGAACAUGCUCCUAUCCUCCUUCGCUAAUGACUGCUCUCACUUUGCAAGUACAGCCCUAGGCUGGGCUCUGGCGUAACAGCUACAGCAACAGGGAGCGAGAGGCCUUUGCCCCCCGCCUGCCCUCUGGUCCGGACGAGAGCCGGCGGGGAAGGAGGGUCGACCAGGACAAUGCAGGCAGCGAGCAGGGAGCAGGCUCUCCCGGAAAUCCCCGCCAGCUUCCUAAAGAACCAGAGCCCAAUGCUGGAAAAGGUGCUGCUUUCACCUGCUGGGUAGAAACACCAAAGAGUGUCAGAGGACCAGUGGGUUCUCCACUUCCACCCUGUUACCUCCCUCUUCCCCUCCAAAAGAAGACAACCAAAGCAAACAGGCUAACUAAGAAAAGAAAGAAGAGGAAAACGCACUGCGUAGGCAGGGUUCAUAUGACUGCCUGGUAGCUGGUCUGCUCUUGCUGGACUUGGUGCUUUUUGACCUCGCGAGACAGAGCGCACAUCAGCGCUUGGACUGAGGCUCACCUGUGGGAGCAGUAAGCAGAUUAUGGCACUGCUUCACUUUCUUGCUUUCUCUACUAUUGCCCUUUGGAGGCUAAUGCUUCCUCUGUUGCAUGGCUAGUCCUAGAGAUAUUAAAUCAUGCUGGCUGAGCUCAGCUACUGACAGCUACCCUGAACUGCCAGGAUGCUCCUGCUUCACUGCGCUCUGCUUUUGCUGCUGCUGCCGCUCAGCUCAAGGACGCAGAAGUUGCCUACCAGAGAUGAGGAGCUCUUCCAAAUGCAGAUCCGGGACAAAGCAUUUUUUCAUGAUUCAUCAGUAAUCCCAGAUGGAGCUGAAAUUAGCAGCUAUCUCUUCCGAGACACACCUAAAAGGUAUUUCUUUGUGGUUGAAGAGGACAACACUCCCUUAGCAGUGACAGUGACACCAUGCGAUGCCCCUCUGGAGUGGAAACUGAGUGUGCAAGAGCUCCCGGAGGAAGCCAGUGGAGAAGGUUCAGGUGAACCAGAACCUCUUGAGCAGCAGAAACAGCAGAUUACUAAUGAAGAGGGCACAGAGCUGUUCUCUUAUAAAGGCAACGAUGUUGAGUAUUUUGUGUCCUCUAGUUCCCCAUCUGGUUUGUACCAACUAGAUCUGCUGUCAACAGAGAAGGAUACACAUUUUAAAGUGUAUGCAACCACUACUCCAGAAUCAGACCAACCUUACCCUGAAUUACCUUAUGAUCCUAGAAUUGAUGUCACUUCUCUGGGACGUACAACAGUGACACUAGCAUGGAAACCAAGUCCCACCGCCUCGUUACUGAAACAGCCAAUUCAGUAUUGCAUAGUCAUCAAUAAAGAACACAAUUUCAAAAGCCUCUGUGCUGUUGAAGCCAAACUCAGUUCUGAUGAUGCCUUCAUGAUGGCUCCAAAACCAGGUCUGGAUUUCAGUCCGUUUGACUUUGCCCUUUUUGGCUUCCCUUCAGACAACAACUCGGGCAAAGAACGUGGUUUCCUAAAAUCAUCAUCAAAGUUUGGGCGCCAAAUGUCUUCAAAGCCAAGAGUUGACCUGCAUAAGAUUUGCAUUGGGAACAAGAACAUCUUCACAGUGUCUGAUCUGAAACCUGAUACGCAGUACUACUUUGACAUGUUUGCAGUAAAUACUAACACUAACAUGAGCACUGCAUACGUUGGCACCUUUGCCAGAACAAAGGAGGAGGCUAAACAGAAGACAGUUGAACUGAAGGAUGGCAAAGUAACAGAUGUAUUUAUCAAGAGAAAGGGAGCUAAAUUUCUACGGUUUGCUCCUGUCUCAUCUCACCAAAAAGUCACCUUCUCUGUUCACUCGUGCCUGGAUGCUGUUCAGAUCCAAGUUAGAAGAGAUGGAAAACUUCUGUUGUCUCAGAAUGUUGAAGGUGUACGGCAGUUUCAGCUUCGAGGAAAAGCAAAAGCUAAAUAUUUAAUUAGGCUGAAAGGAAGCAAAAAAGGUGCUUCCAUGUUGAAGAUUUUGGCUACAACAAGGCCUAAUAAGCAGUCAUUUCCUUCUCUUCCUGAAGAUACGAGAAUCAAAGCCUUCGACAAACUUCGCACGUGUUCUUCUGUUACGGUGGCAUGGCUAGGGACACAAGAGAGAAACAAAUUCUGCAUCUAUAAAAAGGAAGUGGAUGAUAAUUUUAAUGAAGAGCAGAAGAAAAGAGAGCAGAACCAGUGCUUGGGUCCAGAUACAAGGAAGAAAUCAGAAAAGGUUCUCUGUAAAUACUUUCACAGCCAGAAUAUACAGAAAGCAGUUACCACAGAGACAAUUCGAGGCCUGCAGCCUGGCAAAUCCUACCUGCUGGAUGUUUAUGUCAUAGGGCAUGGAGGGCACUCUGUUAAAUAUCAGAGCAAAUUGGUGAAAACAAGGAAGUUCUGUUAGUGCCCCUGGACAGAGAAAUAUAUGGAACUCCAAUCUGAACAUUAUCCUACUUUAAGUAUACAGAUUGACUACUUGCACAGCUGAGAAGUUGUGACCUUUAUUUGUACUGUGUAGAAAAGAUAUCAACUUGUAUAUUUAUGUUUACAUAAGUAAUUGUUUGGAGGAACUGAGGCUGGUGCUUUCUGGUAGCAUCUCACAGUUGUAUUAUCACGUGUCCAGUGACCCACAUGUGACGCUCAAUAGAUGUCCAAGGUAGCAGGAAACCUUGAAGGAACUGGCACCCCUUUGCUUCCAUAUUGCAUGAACUGCUUCUAAAUUAUUUUAUUACUUAAAAGCCUGAGAUAAAUCAGUCAUCUACUUUAUUAUUUACACUCAAAAAACACAGUCACACACCCUUUCUCUCAGUGUAGAUGGUAGGGUUUCUGUAAAUUAUUUUAUAGAGUCUUGUUUUAAAUGUUUAUGUUUCUUUGACUGUAAACUAUUGAAAUCUCUCUCCAUUAAAAUACAGAUCUAAACUAAGUAUUAACUGGGCUGCACAUGAAUCAGUUUCAUUGCUAAUGUAAAUUCUUACCUAGCUCAUUUUCAUGUUUAAAUACUGUAUGUAUUUCAUGUACAAAGUUGCCAUAACGUUAUAUUCCUGUACAUAAAUUAAAAAUAUUAGAUUAUA